CCCUGAGUGCCCUAACUUGGAAGGGUUUAAGAGGCAAAGCGAGAGAGAGAGGCGCGCUGUCUAGGGUUUAAGAGAGAAAGCUCCGAACCACAGGCAGAGCUUUGCGAGCCAAACUUGACGAUAGCAAUGGGCGGCUUUUGGGGAAUUGAAGUAAAACCAGGGAAACAGUAUCCUAUUGAAUUUCCAGAAGAUGAGGAAGCAAGGCUUAGGAUUACUCAGGCGACUUUAGGUCUCGGCGACUCAAAGGGGAGGAGCAUAGUUCAGUGUUCCGUUGGAGAUAAGAGUCCUAUCUUUUUGUGUUCUUUGGUACCUAAGAAGAACGAAUCGUGUCCCUUGAAUCUUGAAUUUGAGGAGGAUGGUGAGUUGGUGACCUUUUCAGUCAUUGGCAAGCAAAGCGUCCAUCUCUCUGGCUACUUUGAGACUUAUGAUGAAGGCGAAGCUGUUGGAGAAGGAUAUGAGUCAGAUUCGUCUGAGGAGGAUAUUGGUGAGUCUGGGUCACAGGAGUCAUCAGAUUAUGGUAGUGAUGACCAAUAUGAGCUAAUUGAUAGUGAUCUUGACAUGGACCGGUCUUCACCUCCUACCAAAAGUGGAGUUAUAAUUGAGGAGAUUGAGGACGAUGACAAGCCCACUAAUGGAAAGGGUCAAUCUAAACCUCUACUUGAAUUCAAUCAGUCAAAUGGCUCUGAGGACAAUACAAAAGGUGCAGGUGUCCCUGUUUUGGAAAGUGAAGAUGACGAUGGCUUUCCAAUAUCCACGAAAAACAAAACCAAUAUUGAGAAGCCUGAAUCAGCAACAGGACACAGAGAUAAAGUAACUGAGAAAACCAAGAAGAGGAAAGCAAAAGAUGGUGAUGAUGCUGCUGGAUUAAAAAGGAAGGUUGAAAAUAUUGACCAAGAUCAUCAAGAAGGGCAAAAGAAGAGUAAGAAAAAGCAGCAACUUAAAGAUGGAAGUACUGAUGAAAAGGAAAAGCAACCUGAGGUCUUGAAGAGCAAAAAUGAGCAUGGACAACUGCUAUCUAAUAAGAAAGUUGCUUUUUGCUCUUCCGUUGAACAAAAUAAUUAUGCUUGUAUACACGACAGGAGCCCUGACAUCAAAAUGGACUCUGAUCCUACUGAGAAUCAGACAGGAGAGAAAAAGAAGAAGAAGAAGAAGAAGAAGAAAUCCCAGGAGACUGAAGAAAAAACUAAUGCUGAUCAAACUGCUGCUAAUAUGGAAAAAAGCAAUGGCAAGUCAUCAUCUAAAGUGAGAACCUUUCCAAAUGGAUUGGUUAUCGAGGAGGUUUCUAUGGGUCGACCAGAUGGCAAAAGAGCUGAUCCGGGAAAGAAGGUCAGUGUUCGCUACAUUGGGAAGCUAAAGAAUGGGAAACAAUUUGACGCAAAUGUUAUAGGGCCACCGUUCAAAUUCACAUUAGGUGUAGGACAAGUUAUAUCAGGAUGGGAUGUUGGGGUUAAAGGUAUGCGCGUUGGGGACAAAAGAAGACUCACCGUUCCACCAUCAAUGGGGUAUGGACAGAGAGGUGCUCCCCCUGCGAUACCACCAAACUCAUGGCUUGUGUUUGAUGUCGAGUUGGUUGCUGUUAAUUGAUUCAGAUGCCGUCAUUCUUCCACUUUUUAAGUUUCUUUUUUCUGCUGGGCAGACCAGUCUGGAAAAAACGAGUGCAUCUGUUUCUAGUCUAUAGCUAUAUCUCUGUGAACAUCAUUUGAUGUCAGUUUUGAAGACAUGCACAUUUUGAUUAGAUUAAGAUCAGUUUGAUGAUAUUACUGAACCAUAAUUCAAGUGAUUUGACAUUAUAAAUACUUGUAUGAUGCUUAUAUUUUUAUCCUGUACCCUAGAGAAUGCAUUUGCAAA